UUAACGUGUGACGGCUAACUGUGAGAUUCAUUGGGACUUGUGAUUCAGAGAGAUUCAGGCAAGCAGGGGUGAGGUAAAGAUUACUUCACAUCGCUUACUGCAGGUUUGAGACAUGAGGACAAUUAUACUUCUGCUGAUUCUUUUGAGUGGAAUUUAUACUGCCCCGGUAAUGAAAGAGGAAGAAGCAAAGCAAUUCAUCCAUCUGAAAAGGCAGACCCAGUAUCCUGGCGCAGGGUACUGGGACCCAUACCACUCCCAGAACCAAUGGGGAUACACUAUACAAGAGCAGGCCAAUGAGUACUGGACGAUGCUCCGAACAGAUGCUCAAUAUUACAUAGACAUGGGCUCCCUCAUGUUUGACCGUGCAGUUGCUAUUGAAAAUAACAAGCUUUACAUGGAUAUGCUUCGGAAUGCUCGAACUCAUCUUGAUGGACUCACAGAAAGACACUGAGAAUGCUACAGAAGGAGAUACUGGCGAAUAAUGAGGGAACGGGGAACACCCACAAUUGUUCACUUCUGCUGAGCAAGAUAAUAGAAAUGAAGCCC